UGCGUAGGGCCCAUCCCGGGCUUGACGGGUCCCGCAGCCAUGGGGUGCUGGGGUCGGAACCGGGCCCGGCUGCUGUGCAUGCUGUCUCUGACCUUCAUGUUCAUGGUGCUGGAGGUGGUGGUGAGCCGGCUGACCUCGUCGCUGGCGAUGCUCUCGGACUCGUUCCACAUGCUGUCCGACGUGCUGGCCCUCAUCGUGGCCUUGGUGGCUGAGCGCUUCGCCCGGCGGACCCAGUCCACCCAGAAGAACACGUUCGGCUGGAUCCGGGCCGAGGUGAUGGGCGCGCUGGUGAACGCCAUCUUCCUGACCGGCCUCUGCUUCGCCAUCCUGCUGGAGGCCAUCGAGCGCUUCAUCGAGCCCCACGAGAUGCAGCAGCCGCUGGUGGUCCUCGGGGUCGGCGUGGCCGGGCUCGUGGUCAACCUGCUGGGGCUCUGCCUCUUCCACCACCACAGUGGCUUCGGGGACGGGGGCGGGCCCGGCGGGGGCGGCCACGGCCACUCCCACGGGGGGCACGGUCACAGCCACGGCCUCGCCAAGGGGGUCCGGGGCAAGAGCAACCGCAGCGGGGGCAACAACAGCAACGUGACGGAGAGCGAGCGGGCCGCCGACCGGGAGGAGACCAACAACUUGGUCAUCAACAGCAGCAACUCGAACGGAAUGAAGCUGGACCGAGCAGAGGAACAAGCCAGAAAUCGUGCAAUGGAUGUCCAAGUUAAUGGGAAUCUUAUUGGUGAUGAUUCAGACAAUUUAGAUUCCGAAGACGAAGAUAAUAGUGGACAACUUAACAUGCGUGGAGUUUUUCUGCAUGUCUUUGGAGAUGCCUUGGGUUCAGUAAUUGUAGUGAUAAAUGCCUUGGUCUUUUUCUUUUCUUGGAAAUCUUGUUCUGAUGGAAUCUGUAAGAACCCAUGUGUUGCUGAGCCCUGCCAGGCAUUUGUAGGUCUAAUUAAUAGUACUGAACCAGUAGAAGAGGCUGGUCCUUGCUGGGUGCUAUAUUUAGAUCCAACUCUUUGUCUUGUGAUGGUUGGCAUACUUCUUUACACCACUUAUCCAUUACUUAAAGAAUCUGCCCUUAUCCUUUUGCAAACUGUACCUAAACAAGUAGAUAUCAGAAAUUUGAAAAUAGAACUUCGAAAUGUUGAAGGAGUUGAAGAAGUUCAUGAAUUGCAUAUUUGGCAGCUUGCUGGAAGCAGAAUCAUCGCCACUGCUCACAUAAAAUGUCACGACCCUGCAUCCUACAUGGAGGUGGCUAAAACAAUUAAAGACGUUUUUCACAAUCACGGAAUCCAUGCCACUACCAUUCAGCCUGAAUUUGCUAGUGUAGGCGCUAAAUCAAGUGUUGCCCCAUGCGAGCUUGCCUGUAGAACUCAGUGUGCGCUGAAGCAAUGUUGUGGGACCACACAAAAAAGCAAUUCUGGAAGGGAAAUAGAAAGGAGUUCUGCAGUUAGCAUUUCUUGUUUAGAACUUAGUGACAAUUUAGAGAAGCAGCCCAAGAGGACUAAAAUUGAUAGUAUACCAGCUGUUAUGGUAGACAUAAAGAAGAUGCCAGAUAAGCAACCAGAAUCAUCUAUGUAAGUUUUCAACACGUGUGAUGUUCAACUGGUUUUCAUCUGCAAGAGGAAGAGACUCUCUGUUGAAAUCUUAAGUUGCCAAGUAGUAUAAUUGCUGAAGUCCUUGUUUUGGUCACACUGUUUAAUUCUAUUUUUGUAAGAACAUAAUGGAAUUGCAUAACACAAAGUUUUAUAUUACAACUUUGUGAUUAUCAGUGCACAGUACAGCUAUGCUGUAACAAUUUUGGAAAGCCAGUUUUAACACUAUGUUACAUUUUUUUGUUAAAAAUAAGUAUAAACCUUGUAUAACAAUGAUACUUUUGAUUUUAGUUUUCCCGUAGCAAAAUUUAAUUGGGGAUAAAUAAAUUAAAAUUAAUUCGUUACUAGAACUUCUCUGCUUUGUCUUUCCCCUCACCCAAUAUUUUACUUUUAUUUGAGAUUUCUUGAUGAAACUUGAAAUAGUAUUUUUUUUUGUUUCCUUAGUUUAGAUUACAUUUCCCUUUCCCCUUUUGAAAUUAUUACAUAGCAUAAUGGUAGCAUUUUUUUUUUUAAACCGACUCAUGGAUGUUAAUGGGAAAAGUAAUUCCAUUUUUUUUUCCAUGUGGAGCAAUUUUAUCGUUUUACCAAGAAAAAGAUCAAUUACUAUCUUGUAUUAAGUCCUCUUCUUUAUUGCUGAGUAUUAUUCCAGUUGCAAUGUGAGACAAUUAAUGAGAAACUGCAUUUUAUACAUAUAAUAGAGCGUUUGAAGAAGAAUAUAGAAGUUCACCCAACUGAACAUCAUUUAGAUUCUUUUAUAACUUGUUAAUGUUUGGAAGAACAUUUGGAUUGUUUAAAAACUUUCAAUACAUGCAUAAAACACUUGUCUUUCAAAAAAUUAUGAAUAUGUACAUUAUAUAGAGGUGUUCACCAGCACUGCUUAUGUUUGAAAGAAGAUUGGUCUCCAUUAGUAAUACUGAAGGCUCGAAAGUUUACUCAGAGUAUCUAUGUAUAUAAUUUAACUCUUUAAUAGGUGUCUCAAAGAUGCUGUUCUCAAGUUAUUUCAUGGCAUCUAUCCCCAAAUAGAUUUAGAAGAAAGCCGAGUUUUACAAAUAGUGUUUUUGUUUCUUUGUGAGCCACUUACUAGGGAGAAAAAAAAAAA